UUGUCGGUAAUGGCGCCAAUAUCGCCACACUAAAAUACCAUCAUUAUCGAUUGUGUUUUUUUAAAUAAGCGCAUGCGUCAAAUAAAUGCAAUAAUAACGUGAACUGACGCAGUUUAGUCAGAUUGUGACUUCGAUUGCUCUAGAGAAGCAGUUGCGAUUUGUUGCCUAAUUUUUAUAAACCAAAUUCUAAGGAGUGAAGAUGAUGCUCGCUAGAGUAUGCCGGGGUACCUUACCACCCCUGGUUAGUUUUAUGAAAAAUCCUGUUGCGUCGAAACCGUUUAUUCCAAGGAUUCAAUCCGCAAGAUUGUUUGCCAGCGAUGGACGUAGUGCAUACGUUAGAUCUGGUCGCAGAUCUAUCACUGUUAAAGAACAGGUGAUGGCUCCUGCAGGUGAAGGAGCAUUCAACAUUGGAAAAGGUGCUGUUGCUGGUGGUGCAGUAAUAGGAUUAGGUGCUUUAUGUUAUUAUGGAUUAGGUUUAUCAUCAUCUACAGGUGCCAUAGAUAAUGCAGGGUUAUGGCCCCAGUACGUGAAAGAUAGAGUUAAAGAUACAUACAUGUAUUUUGGUGCGACCAUAGUAACUAGUGCAGUAUCUGCUGCUGCCUGUUUACGUUCAUCAACUGUUCUUAACAUAGUUUCACGUCAAGGAUUGGGAGCCAUGUGUGUUACUCUGGUAGCUAUGAUUGGCAGUGGAAUGUUAGUACAUAGUAUUCCUUAUCAGGAAGGCUUUGGAGCAAAGCAAAUGGCAUGGUUAGCCCAUGCUGGUAUUCUUGGCGGAGUACUUGCGCCUUUAUACUUUUUGGGUGGUCCUUUGAUACUUCGAGCGGCAUGGUAUACUGCUGGAGCAGUUUGUGGCCUGUCAGCGAUAGCUGUUUCUGCUCCAAGUGAGAAAUUCCUACAAAUGGGAGGACCAUUAGCACUUGGCUUAGGAGUUGUGUUUGCGAGUUCUGUGGGUUCAAUGUUUUUACCACCAACUACAGUUCUUGGGUCUGGUUUACACGCAAUGACCUUGUAUGGUGGUUUAAUUCUGUUUUCUAUGUUCCUGUUGUAUGAUACACAGAAAAUUAUUAAACAGGCAGAAACACAUCCAAAAUACGGAUAUAAUCUAAAGCCGUACGAUCCAAUUAAUAAUGCUAUAUCUAUUUAUCUGGACACAUUGAACAUCUUCACAAGAAUCGUCAUGAUAUUGGCAGGCGGAGGUAAUAAUAGGCGAAAGUAAGAUAGUAAAUAUUGUAUGAAAACGACACAAAUCGAGAAGUGUUAAUUUAUCAGUUUUAUACAAAAUAGUGGUAUUCAUAAUGUAUUAAUAUGAUGAAUAAGUAAGGAUAAUAUUGUAAUUGAUAGAUACCAUUCUGUAAAUUA